AUGAUAAAUUUCAUUUUAAAUACAGAAAUGAUAAAUUCAGAAGAUAUAGGAAAUAGAAUCCUUAAAGUAGCAUUCAAUCAAACAAACGACCUUCUCUUUGUUGGAACCACAAAAGGAUUCAGGAUUAUAAGAACUGAAGAUUGCAAAAUUAUAUCUCGCCGAGAUCAUGAAGCUACUACUUACUUUUCAGGCGGGUUCACUUGCAUAUCUCCAAUGUUUUCCACGGAAUUGCUAUGCUUAGUAGGAAGCCCUGGAAAUAGCAUCUACCCUCCAAAUAUUGCUUAUUUUUGAGAUAACCAGAAGGAAGAUUUCAAAGGAGAAAUACGAUUUCGAUCAGAAGUAAAAAAUGUGCUACUGAGAAGAGAUAAAGCUGUGAUUGUUCUAGAAAAAAUCACAUAUGUGUAUGAUUUGCUAAUACUUAAAGCUACUGAUUCAAUACCCACUAUAGAAAACGAAAAUGGUGUUGCUGCUGUCUCAUAUGAUAGAGAUCAAUUCAUAUUAGCAAGUCUGCAAACAACUCAUGGGCAUGUAAAAAUUACAAAUUAUUAUGACGGAGAAGUCAAAUCUGGCCUAAUACAUGAAAAUCCAAUAACUUUACUAGCACUGAAUUUUCCAGGAACAAUUGGAGCGAGUGCUAGUGAACAAGGGACAAUUAUAAGAGUUUUUGAUACUAAAACUCUUCAACUAUUGCAUGAGCUAAGAAGAGGAACUAGCCCAGCGCAAGUCUCGUCUAUUGCUUUUAGUCCUAAUUGUCAUCAUUUAUUAGCAUCAAGCAACCGAUCAACUAUUCACGUUUGGAAUCUAAAAGCUCCAACUCCUCAAUCAGCAGGUAGAUUUAGCCGAUUUUUGCCAAAUUAUUUUCAAUAUAAUAGAUCCCUAGCAAAAUUAAGCUUAAAGCCUGAGGUGAGCUGGACUUGCCCAUAUACCGUCAAUGUCGGACCCAUAGGAUGCUUUAUUGAUGAGACUAAUUUUAUUUUGGCACAUCUUGAUGGGAAUUUGUAUAAAUGCAAAAUCAGAGACCAAUCUGCUUUAAUUAUUCAAGAAACCAAAUCAUUUCUUGAUUCUAAUGAAAUAAUAAUAGAAGGAAACAGAGAGUGGGAAUCUUUUGCGUAG